AUGGAUGGGGGAGCGACGCAGGACGGGGAUAAACAGGCCGCGCUGAUGGAUGGAGCGGUGGAGGAUCCUUCAAUCAAUCUGUCAUCCGAACAUCCUCAGCUCAUCUGCAGGAAACAAGACUUAUGUCAGAGUCGAUACGAGCGAGUCUCUGUCACCACACCAUGCGUCAGGCUGAAGAGGACACUGCAUACAGGCACAAGUGUGGACCCGGCAGAAGGAUUCAUUUGUCAGUCCUGUAGCAUAACUACUGCGGGAUUCUGCCGUCCGGACUGA